AGAUUUUUUGUCAUUAAAAGUUUUUCUGAAGAUGAUAUUCAUCGAUCCAUUAAGUACUCCAUUUGGUGCAGCACGGAGUAUGGUAAUAAAAGACUGGAUGCUGCUUAUAGGGAAAGAGAGGGCAAGGGUCAGGUUUUUCUUUACUUCAGUGUUAAUGGAAGUGGACAUUUUUGUGGAGUUGCUCAGAUGACUUCUCCCAUUGAUUAUUCAUCGUCAUCUGAAGUUUGGGCUCAAAAUAAGUGGAAAGGACAGUUUACAGUAAAGUGGAUAUAUGUGAAGGAUGUGCCAAACAGCCAGUUGCGUCACAUAAAAUUGGAAAACAAUGAAAACAAACCAGUGACCAAUUCAAGAGACACCCAAGAAGUACCCUACGAAAAGGGUAAGCAAGUUCUCCGUAUCAUACACCAGUACCGACAUACUACUUCUAUUUUCGACGAUUUCUAUCAUUAUGAAAAACAGCAAGAAGAUGCACAA